UCGGAUUUGACCAAAUUGAGUAGGCAUUGUAUGAUAUCGAUAAGUGUCUGUCAAUUACAAACCAACUAUCAAUUUUGGAACAUUAAUUGUAUAAACGAAAACCAAACAACUCGAGCGAAAUAAAAUAGCACAGUAAGAUGAGUACACAGCGAGGAAAUGCGAGUCGCACACGUGCCCAAAAGCACAAAAAUCGUCAUGUAUUUAAGAAUGAUUUGCACGACAAGACGCCACAGCAAAUACGACUUAAUAAGAUGCACGUGUCGACAGUGUGUCAACGCUGCAAGGAGGUGAUCGAGUGGAAGAUCAAGUACAAGAAGUACAAGCCGCUUACACAGGCCAAGACCUGUGCCCGCUGCCAACAACGGACCGUCCGCAAGGCGUACCAUGUUAUCUGUCGGGACUGUGCGGUCAAGGAUCAUGUGUGCGCCAAGUGCCUGAAGAGCGCCGACGAGGUGGCAAUUGAGGCGCCGGAGCCGACGCCACAGGAGGAGCAACAGCUGCAGGUGGAAAUGGAUCGUCUGAUUAAAUCAUUCUCGGAGCGCAAACGUCGUGCUUUCCUUCGCUUCAUGGAGAAGGGACGCAAGCAGGAGACUGAGGAGCCACUUGACGAAGAAGCGCAAGAGGCACAGGAGAAGGCGACACGAGUCAGACAUACUCGGGAGCAGCUGCUCGAGAAGAUAAAGCAGCUAAAUCUCGCCGAAGAAGAGUACGAAGAUAUUGAUGACGAUUACGAUGAUGAUGAGGGCGAUGACUCGGAUCUCGAUUCCGAUCUCGAUUCAAACGAAUGCGACAGUGAUGAGCACAGCGAAGAGGAGCCACAAAACGUUAAAACACCGGAUCGACUCGCUAAAAAAUAACGUUAUCAUGUUUCGUUUUAUAUGCUAUGCAAAUUAGGGAAACUUAAAAUAUAUGUAUGUUUUUUUUAUAUCAAAAGAAUUCAAAUGUGGAAAAUA